AUGCCCAACCCGGGCAAGGUCCUCCUGGCGCCGGCCCGCCACACGCCGGCCUCGCUGUGGGGCGCCGAGUACGCGCCGGUGGUGCUGGAUGCUGCGGACAUGCCGGCGGGCGCGCUGUCUGACGGUGGGCGGCGGGCACCGGUGACGCACGGGUGGUGGGUCCCGGGCGGGCCGACGGUCGUCCUCGCGCUGCACGGGCGGUCGCGGUCGAAGGAGUGGACGCUGCCUGCUCUGAGCGGCGUGGCGGGCAACUACUCGCUGCUGGUCUUUGACUUUCCGGGUCAUGGCGCGGCAGGCUUUGGGCUGACCACGGUGGGCCUGCGUGAAGCCGACGUUGUCGAUCUGGCGCUCGACUGGCUGGCGUGGGCGCAUCCGGACGCGGCCGUGGUGGUCUACGGGUGCUCGAUGGGCGGGGCGGCCGGGGCCAUUGCACUCGGCCGGACGCCGCGCGACGGGCAUGUGCUCUCGCUCAUCACCGACGGGGCCUUUGCGCGGCUCGCCGACGUGCCGCGCAACCUUGGGUCGCGGUUCGGGGUUCCUGUCCCAGAUGCGCUGCUGGCUGCGGUCGACGCUGUCCUCGCGCUGCCGAUGCUCUGGGACGGCGUCUCAAUGUUUGAUGUCGAACCGCUGGCGUAUGUGACGGACCUCUCGGUUCCGGCUAUCUUUAUCCACGGCGAGGACGACUUGCUUGUUCCUCCGUCGUCGGCCGAGGAGCUGGCGGCGGCGGCGCCGCACGGAAAGUCAUAUCUCUACAGCGGCGGGCACGACGAGCCAACCAACGCCGAGGUGGUCAAGGCAGUGCGGACGUUUGCGGACAUGUCGCAGUUGCUAGCGGCGAUGGCCAAGAAGGCACGGCUGUCGUAGCAGCAGCACGCGGUUGUGGCUACAUGUUGUCCGGAUCCGGGUUGACGGCGGCGACGAGAGUGGUUGACGACGAGAGCGACGACAUGUGGGCGCGGUGUGCGGUGUGGCGCGAGACGGAGAGGAUGGAGCCGUAGGCCUCGUAGCCGCCGUCGCAGGCAGCCAUGUCGGCGAGGUCGGUCGUGGAUGGGCCAUCGGCGAGCGGGCAGAGCUCGUGGAUGUCCGUCGUGUCGUCAUCCUCGUUCCACACGGGGCAAACACGCCGACAGCGUCCGAAGCGUUGGUAAACGGAUGGCGGAUGG